AUGGAGCCUUUCACACAAAAUUCAUUUAAUUCUCGUGUUUAUAUUCCUCAGACCCCGGCUGAACAAACCUCAAAUACAAAGGAUCAAGCCGCCUUAGCUCAGCUAGAAGAUAUACCGCAGGAGCAUCGUCUCGAGCCACCAGCUGAGGGAAUUUUCUUGGGUAAAGAAAAGAUGCUUGACCACAUCCGCAAACACGCUUUUUCCAAAGGCUAUGCGAUAGCCAUUCAAAAAUCCACCCAACUACAAACACGCCUCUACAUCGGUUGUGAUCGAGGAGGUUUACAGAGGGCCAUGGGCCCUGACUCUCCCUGUAUCCGAAGGCGGCUCAAAGCCUCCAGAAAAUGCGGCUGUCCUUUUAAGCUUUAUGCAAAACAGGCGAAGGAUACUGAUACAUGGGAGUUGCAGAUCAAGCAUGCAUUUCAUAAUCAUCCUGCUGAUGAGGAUAUGGCUGCUCAUCCGGCUGCUCGUCGGCUUACGCCUGAACAGCGGAGACAUGUUAAACAUUUGGAUGCUAUUGGUGUCAAGACGAAAGAUAUUGUGACUUUUCUCAAGCUGGAGCAGCCAAGUGCUUUGUUUUUGCCGAGAGAUGUCUCUAACGAACUUAAUAAAUUGAGGAGAGAGAAGGAGGCAUUUGCUUUGAGAGAUCGGCUUAUGUUAGAAUCAUCACAAGGUUUGCCUGAAGAUCAGGCGAACCAGCUGAUGCUUGAUCUUUAG